AUGUUCUUCUUCUCAACCCCAACCUCUCUCUUCCUCACAACAGCAACCCUCCUCCUCUCCUCACCAGCCCACGCAGCACCCACCCGAGCAAACUGCCACUGCACCCUCCUCUCCACCACCCCACCACCCGCCCAAAACACGCCUUCAACUUCCCAAUCCACGCUCUCCAACUCAUCGCCACCACCACUCUCCAUAGCAGCCGAUGUCUGCGCCGACCUCGGGCCCAAACUAGUUGCCUUCAGAGACAGCAAGCCGGAACUGUACGACGCGUAUAUCCGCCAGGCAGACGCGGAUCCAAACGGCCUGUUCACAGCGCGCAUCCCCACCACUGUUCUCCUCGCAUUUGUGGCGCGCGCAACGGAGGCAAGGCAGCGGGGAGAAGAGGGCGAGGAUGUGUCGCAGCCGCGGGAGAGAAUUGUGUGUCGAUCUGAGGCAUGGGAAGAAAUGGAGGGUUAUCAAGAUCUACUUCCGAAUCUCUGGGUCUCCCAGAUCAUCAUUGCUGUUGCCAUAUUGGCUUGUGUGGCAGAGGGAAUUCAUCUUGGUAUGCGCUGGAUAUCCCAACGCUACAACAACAGCGCUUCUACCCCCCCAUCCCCCCAAACACACAGACUCCACCUCCCCGGUAGCGAAAAAACACUCCUCGCUAUCCCGCCCACCGACCCCUCCCUAGACUUCCUCGCGAGCCCUGGGUCAGAGAAGAAAUCCCGCGCAUACGAGACAAUGCGCUUCCACGUGCAACAGUCGAGUGCCGGGCCCCGCCAGUUUAUCGCGUAUGAUGACGAGGAUGAUGAUGAGGCGAAUAGGCCGGUGAUGUGA